UGAAUCAGAGUUAAAAAAAAAUAAACUCGCUUAAAAGACGUUGUUGUCUAACAGGGAGAGAUAGUAUUUAUAUGGGAGGUGUAGGGUGUAGGGGUGAUAUCAUGUUCCAAACAUGACGUCUUUCAGUCUUCUGCUCUUCCUAUUCACUCUCUUAUUUGAUCUCCCUUUCCCCUCGCACCUACUCUCUCCCUCCCUUUCUCUUUUUCUCCUUUCUUUUUCUCUCUCUUUCUCUCUCUCUUUCUCUCUCUCUCUCUUUCACUCCCUCUCUUUCUCUGUCUUUCUCUCUCUCCCUCGCUCUCUCUCUCUCUCACUACCCUCCCUCCCUCCCUCUCUUUCGCUGUCUUUCCGUUCUUCCCUCACUCCUUUCCUCCAUCUCCCCUUUCCCUCCCUUGGCCCAUUCCUCUUUCUCUUUUCAUCUCUUUCCCUCCCUCUCUCUCUCUGUCUCCCUCCCUCCCUCUCCCUCCCUCUCGCCUGUCGGUCCCGUGCUAAGUGUGGGAGAAAGGUGAGAUGAGUUUUAAUUUAGCUCCUUACAGUCUGUUUAGUCAGUUGAUAUGAGGGCAUGAUAAAGUGUGAAACCGUCAAGCUGUGGAGCCCUCAAGCUUCCCAUUAGCUCACAUCGUCCCCUGGCCCCACCGGUCCAGCUCUACUGUUGUCCUCACGGGCCCCUGAACAGAGUCACAUUAGAAAUCAUAGGAUCUGGCCCCCAUUUAGACUCUGCCACGGUCCUGGCAUGAGAAGCACACUUGAGUAUAGGGUUUAUAAGAGGGCGAUAGGAGGAAUUGAUUUGAUACAUUGGUUGCGAAACGGAGGCAUGUUUCGUAGAGGUGUCACGGUAGGACGACACAGGUGUCACCCAUCAUACUAAUUAUGGGUCCGCUGCUUUUAUCUACAUGGACCAGGGUUAUUGUGUACCAUCCUCGUCUGUUAAGUCUAGUACCCGUGCCCUCGUGCUUUAUAGUAGACCCAUAAUUAGUUUAAUAAGCAACACCCGUGUCUGUUUUACAACGACGCCUCUGUGAAAAGAUUCUGGCCUAUAGAUUGUUGGAUGGAAGUGAGCGAGUGAAUGAAUGAGUGAUUGAGUGAGGGAUUAAGUGAGAUAGGGAUUGAGCCAGUUACUAAGUGAAAGAGAGAGUGAGGGAAUAAGUGAAACAUUACCAGGAAAAUAAACCAAGUACAAGUUAUUCUACUGUUUGUAUAUAUAGUGACAUCACCUGGCACCCAUUCAAGGCAAUCACACGCACUAAUCAGGCCGCUGUCCCUGAGAUUCAAUUUUAGUGAUUGAUCGCUUUUCAGGCAUUCCAGUGGUUGAGCGUGAUGUAAACUAGGUGAAAAUUAGAUUUUAAGCAUGGGUGCAAUGGAAUGUUCCUGUGGAUACUUAAACUGUAUCCAUUUCAUUCUACCAACGUAAACCGUGGUGUAGACUCAGGAUAGUGUGACCCACACUGACACACUGCAGUAACGGAGGGUAGUGUGUCAUUAGCUUGUCUCUGAAAUCAAACAAGAAAUGACCCAUAACCGCUGAGGGGCAGUGCAAGACCACAAACAAAGAGAGUCUUUGUCAACAGUUAUGGCAGAGAGAGUAGCCUAACCCACCACCUAAUCUGAUGUACCCUAGCUUCUCCCGAUGUGGGUAAACACACGCACACAACCACCCAUGCUCGUCUAAUGCUACUAGCGAUGGCGUCAGUGAUGGGGCGGCAGUAGCUCAGGAGGUACAGCAGGUUGGCUGGUGACCGCAAGGUUGCUAGUUUGAUCCCCGGCUCCUCCUAGCUGAGUGUCGAGGUAUCCCUGAGCACGACAGCUAACCCUUACUGCUCCCGACGAGCUGGCUGUCGCCUCGCGUGGUUGACUCCGCCAUCGGUGCAUGAAUGGGUGAAGGAGCGCGAUGGAUAAAAGCACCAUAUGAAUGCGGUCCCUUUACCAUCAUCCUAAUCCACCUUUUCUCCUCACCUUGCAGAGGGGCAAACCGACGCCGAGCCACCACCACCACCACCACCCCAACCAGCCGCAGCAUCACGGCAUGACGCCCGUCGGCCACAUGAUGGACGUGAUGUCACAGCGGCAGCCGCAGAUGCCCCCGCACCACCCGCACCACCACCACCUCCCCGCCGCGCCCCUCCCCUACCAGCCCCGGGGCCACGGCGCCCUGCCCGGGCAGCAUCCCCUGGGCGCGGGCACCGGCCAUCAGCUCCGCCAGCCGGGGAACGCCCCCCACAGCCAGCCCCAGCACUCGCCCCUGUCCCACCUCCACCACGGCCCCCUGCCGCAGCACGGGUCCCCCCUCUCCAUUGCGUCAGAGCUCUCCCCGGGGUCCCAGCAGAUGCAUUCCCCCCAGCCGUGUCUGCCCCAUCAUGCACUGGGGCAGAGCGGGGGUCGCCGACGGAGGACCACGGAGCACGACCCCGACGAGCGGCGGCAGAAGUUCCUGGAGCGUAACCGGGCGGCGGCCACACGCUGCCGCCAGAAGAGGAAGGUGUGGGUGUCGUCGCUGGAGAAGAAGGCGGAGGAGCUGACACACACCAACCUGCAGUUACAGAACGAGGUGACAUCACUGAGGUCAGAAGUGGGCCAGCUGAAGCAGAUUCUCCUGACCCACAAGGACUGUCCCGUCACCACACACCAGAGAGAGACACAGGGUUAUGCCAAUGCAGGGCUGAGCCCGGGAGGAAGUCCCGCCCUCGCAUGUCCCGGCUCUCAUCGCGGGGCCGUUCAGCACAACAGCAUCUCCACCUCCUCCACCCCCACCACGGCAGGAGGGGACACGGGGCACGACCACCACCCCGGGCGUUAGCCGACAGACGUCCACCUGGCAAAGGGCCCCGCCCCGGCCCCCCAGCUCCUCUGCUCCUUCUGACCCCCCCAGCCAUGUCCCCAGCCAGGUCCGCCCUGUGGCCUCGGCCGUCCACACCCAUGAACACACUGAACUGGGGGGAGGAUAACAGAGUCUAGAUUAUGGGUGCGAGAGGAGCCAAGAAAAACAGGGGGGGGGGGGACAGGGAGAGAGGGUGGGACGGGGGGGGGGACUUGGCUCUGCCACAUCCGGAACCAAAUCUGUUUCUCUUGCCUGUGACAAAAAGAAAAUGCCCUGAGUUGUGCUACUAUUCCUGAUCUGCUGCAAUGGACACGUGGCAGUGGGGGGUCGAACGGGCGCUGAGGAAAAUAGGUCUUUGAUAGCGACAAGGCUAAGCUAAGCUUAGCUUGUUGUACGUGGACUGCAUUGUAUUUGGAAGCACAAAGCAAAAACUAGUAAGGCACUUUAACUUAGAAUCUUUUUCUUGCUAAUAUCUUGCACUAAUGUGUCCUAACAAGAAGAGAAAUAUCAUGGUAUUAUGUAAACAACUUAUUGUGUUUUUUUGUUUGUUUUUCAAAGUAUGGGCUCAAUAAGACAUAAGCCUUUUUUAAAACACCCCCAGGGCAAGCUACAGAAGAAACAAACAAACUGUGUAUAUUGUAUAAAAAAGUUAUUUUUUUGUAGAGAUGCCUUCAUUCCCUGUAGCGUUGUAAAUGAAAACGACAUUUUUAAUAAUGGAUUGUACAGUGGCUCUUUGUGUCACUUUAAUUUUAUAGAAAGUUCCUAUUUUCAUUCAAACUGACCCAAGCUUAACUCCAGCUUGUGCCCUGAAAUACCCACACAGCUCUAUUAAGGCUUCACUUUUUGUACUGUACAGACAUGGACAAUCAAUUAAAAUCACUUAUUCUUGCUA